UCGCGCGAACCAAACGAUUCCAGUCAGUCCGAUAACAUCCACCCACAGUGGCAACCAACCUGUUUCUCUCGCGACCAACGAAUUAGCGACACCCGAUUCCAGAGAGAAAGAAAGCAGAGUCCGAAACAAUGGACAUUCCCCUCCAGUGGACGCUCAGCUAUCUAAAAGACAGCCUACCUCCGGAUCUCGUCAUCUUUCUCGGCAACGUCCGCGCAGCCCUCCUGCACCCGUCCAGCCCGGUGCACGCCCUGCGCCUCCUCAGCAUCGUCCGGCGCCUCAUGCUCUUCUGGACCCGCCUCGCCUUCCGCAUGCUCUUCUGGUCCGCCGUCGCCCUGCUCGCCUCCGCCGUCUGGCAGCGCGGCGUCGAGAGGAGCGCCAGGGACGCCGUCGUCGCCGCCAGCCGCCUGGCCGGCUGGCUCGCCGGCGCCGCCGACCUCUUCUGGCACGAGUACGAGAAGGCGCGGGAGGCGCAGGCGCGGGCGCGGGCGCAGGCGCAGAUGCAGUACCAGGCGCGGGGGUAUCGAAUGGCGGGUGCGGGUGCCGGCGCCGGUGCCGCAUGGGGCGCCGCGGGCGCUGGGUGGCCAUGAUUCUUACUUGACAUCUUGUUUGUUCGUUGUAAUUCUCAAGAGCGAGGAGAGGAAGGGAAAGAAAGAAAGGGAAUCAAGGGUAUUAUGGUCAGGAUAGCACGCUUCAUGAUGGUUCUUUCUUUUGGAAAAUAGGCUUCGGAUCGGCGUCUUGGAGUUUUUUUUUCUCUUUUUAUUUUUGGAGGAACAUUGUAUGGGAUAGAGAACUCCAAGAUUUCGAGCCUUGCCGCGCAUCUACAC